AUGUCAUAUCGGCUCCCGGAUAAGUUCAAAAUGCCUGAUAUACCGGUUUACACAGGAUUGGGGGACCCGAUUGAACAUUUGACAAGCUUCUGCGCACAUAUAGUCUUGCAUGCCACUCUAGACGAAGUGGCAUGUCGAGCCUUUCCUCUCACUUUGGCUGGAGGGGCUUGGGAGUGGUUUAGAGCAUUUCCCUCCCGCUUAGUUACGAGUUUUGAAAGUCUAGCCAAGAAGUUUGCACCGCAAUUCAUGGCAGGCAUCAGAAAGGAUGAGGCUCUCAUGGUGGAUUUGGCAAAAAGGCCAGCGGAGGGAUUGCAGGAGUUUCUAGAUGGAGUUGAAGAAUUUGUGAAUCAGGAGGAGACUCUUCGAGCAUUUCGAGGAGCUGAGAAAGCCUCAAGAGGAAGUCCGAUGGCAGAGAAGAAGCCAAAGCAGAAGGAAAUCAAAGUUGUAAAGGGAGUUAUGGAGCGCCGGCAGGUUAAAAGAGUGGAGGAUUAUAAUUGGACGCCAAUAAACACUCAUAUAAAAGAAGUCCUUAUGGAGAUUAAGGAGGACCCGAAUUACAAGGAUCCUCUGCCGAUUAAGAGAAAACCACUCCCCCAGAACCUUCACAAAUAUUGCCAAUAUCAUGGCUCGUACGGCCAUUGGACCAGCUCUUGUGUAACCCUGAGGGAAAUGGUUGAAAGGUAUAUAGCAGAUGGCAAGUUGACUCGUUUCUUGGGGAAGUAG